UCUCUGUUAUCAUAAAUGAUAACUGCUCAACCAAUAGCUUUGAUGUUGGAAGAUUUCCAUUGGAUAUUAGCAACAGUGUAAUUAAUGGCUCUCCAUAAUACAAAAUGUGGCAUUCACCUUCUAAAUUUGAAACGGACAAUAGGGCUAUAACCACUGGGGGAAAUGAGUCAGAGUUUGUCUGUAUUAUAUUGUGCAGCGCUGAUUAAUGUUGCUCUUUUAAUUAUUAACUGAAUUGUCUUUACAACCUCCAAACAAGCUACAUAUUGCAUCUCCUAGACAUGCGAAGAAAGACCUGCUAGUGGUUGUUGCGGUUGUCCCCUCUCUCUGUGUGUGUGUGUGUGUGUGUGUGAGAGAGAGAGAGAGAGAGAGAGAGAGAGAGAGAGAGAGAGGUGGGAUGUGUUAGGAAAAGCUUGCCGCUCAAGCUGUGCCAUUCAGUGCAUGAAACAGUCUGGAGAGGAAACAUUUACGCGCCGAAAUGAUGGACAUUGAUUCUGGUUAGAACGCUUUACUUUUGCAUUAUAGGAUUAAUAUCUAUUCAGUCAAACAUUUAGUAAAAUGUGGACAAUUCCGAAGCCAAAAUAUAGAACUGGUCUGUGUGCCGAGGGGGAGAUUGCAGUGAACAUUGGCGGAGUCCGAGUGGUGCUUUUUGGGGAUGUUUUGAACCGCUACCCGGAGAGCAGACUGGCGGAGUUGUUGAACUGCUCAACUCAGAAUUAUGAAGUUAUCUCGUCCCUUUGCGAUGACUUCGAUCCGGGCAGAAAAGAGUUUUAUUUUGACCGAGAUCCUGAUGCCUUCAAGUGCAUCAUCGACGUUUACUACUUCGAUGAAAUUCACAUCAAACGCGGCAUUUGCCCCAUCUGUUUCAUCAAGGAGAUGGAGUUCUGGAAAAUAGACCAAAGUGUUUUAGAUGAAUGCUGUAAAAGUUACCUAUGUGAGAAGGAGGAGGAGCUGAAAGAGAUUGCAAACAAAGUGAAAGUCAUUCUGGAGGAUCUGGAGGUGGAUCAGUGCAUUACGCGCACCCAGCGGUGCCAGAGGUCCCUGUGGAGACUGAUGGAGAAGCCGAGUUCCUCCCUGCCGGCGCGCAUCAUUGCCAUCGCAUCCUUCCUCUCUAUCCUGGUCUCGGCAGUGGUGAUGUGCGUGGGGACCAUCCCGGAGCUCCAGGUGACAGACGCCAAAGGAAAACUGGUGGAGCACCCGACCCUGGAGGCGAUCGAGACCGUCUGCAUGUCAUGGUUCACCGCGGAGUACUUACUGCGUCUCUCCUCCUCUCCGAACAAGCUACACUUUGCGCUCUCCAUCAUGAACGUCAUAGACUUUAUGGCCAUCAUGCCUUUUUACGUGGUCCUGUCCCUCACCCACUUCGGCACCUCAUCCAUGAUGGAGCUGGCUAACGUCCAACAGGCUGUCCAGGCGCUCCGCAUCAUGCGUAUCGCGCGUAUUUUCAAGCUGGCGCGCCACUCCUCCGGGCUGCAGACUCUGACCUACGCGCUCAAGAGGAGCCUCAAAGAGCUGGGGCUGCUCCUCAUGUACAUGGGCGUGGGGAUCUUUGUGUUCUCAGCGCUGGCCUACACCAUGGAGCAAAGCCACCCGGAGACCCUUUUCAGGAGCAUCCCGCAGUCUUUCUGGUGGGCCAUCAUCACCAUGACCACCGUGGGCUACGGAGACAUCUACCCUAAAACCACGCUCGGCAAGUGCAAUGCAGCCGUGAGCUUUCUGUGUGGGGUGAUAGCCAUCGCCUUGCCCAUCCACCCCAUCAUAAAUAACUUUGUGGUCUUCUAUAAUAAGCAGAAAGUGCUGGAGACUGCGGCGAAGCACGAAGUCGAGCUGAUGGAGCUGAAAUCUGGCAGGGACGCGCGCAGAAAAAGCAGAAAUUAAGACAUUAAGACUGUGGCUCAACAAAAGCUUGAGCAAAUAAAGACGUUUUUCAAAAAGACCUUUUACUGCCUGAGACUGAAACAUGAGGGACAUUUCAUUGAAGUAAAUGUGAAAAUCAAAAAGUCUCAUGUCCAAAUCUAAUGCACCAAAACAAAAUUCCAAACAUCUAAAGCUAGAUUAAGUUAAUUUACAAAAUUCGGUAUGGCAAGACCUUGACAUUUAGACAUUGAGUCUUUUUUAUGGACCUGCAGACACAUUGGGGCAGCUCCAUGCAGUAACACCUGUACAUUGCACCAUAACAGAGAUGUUGUCUUUACACAGCUGUGUUGUUUUUGUUGCUGCAUCCAUAAACCCUUGUUAUUGUGAAGGCUGUUGUUAUUAUAGAAUUAAAUGUUGUGCAUGAAAAUAACUUGUACAUUCAAAUGUGCAUAGAGAAUUAAUAAAGCAUCAGUAACCUGC